GGGAGAUCGACAUUAUGACUAAAUACGCCGAGAGGGGUGCUUUUUUAAUUUCGACAUACCUUGUGAACGCGAUCGUUUGUGUCAUCCUGUUCGUGUCGACGCCGGUGACACCGCAUAUUUUGGACAUUUUACUACCGAAAAACGAGUCACGAGACGUAGCGUACAUUUACCCGGCCUAUUAUUUCACCGACGAGCAUAAGUACGACGUGUACAUAAUUACGCACAUGGCGUCCGUGAUCCUGGUGGUGUUUUACGUGUACUUCGCUUGUGACACCAGUUACAUAUACGUCGUGCAACACGGCUGCGGAUUGUUGGCCGUGUCCGGGUAAAAAAUUCGAUCGAACGAUUCGUAGCUCAACCCUUUCAGU